CCUGCGCGGGGCUAGACGCCGCAGAGGAAGUGGGCCUGCUGGACGGAGUUGGCGUGCUGUUUGUGUCCAGACUGGCUGCACCAUGUCGAAGGUUUCCUUUAAGAUCACACUGACGUCGGACCCGCGGCUGCCGUACAAAGUACUCAGUGUUCCUGAAAGUACACCUUUUACAGCAGUCUUAAAGUUUGCAGCAGAAGAAUUUAAAGUUCCUGCAGCAACAAGUGCAAUUAUUACCAAUGAUGGAAUAGGAAUAAAUCCUGCACAGACUGCUGGAAAUGUUUUUCUAAAGCACGGUUCAGAACUGCGAAUAAUUCCUAGAGAUCGUGUCGGAAGUUGUUAGUAUCUGCUGCUUGGAACAUAAAAUCCCCUUCCAGAAUAAAUAUUGGUAUUGUUAUUGUUGUAAAAUUGGAAUCAGGCAUUUGAAAUCCUAUGAAGACACCAAUAGUUGAUGAAGUAAUGAAAGGUGACUGCCUGUCCCUUCUUGUUAUUCACGAUCUUCACGUGAAGAGGGGCGGCUUCUGCGUUGAGGGUGUCAUCACCACAGAAGAUCACAUUACUACCUCACAGCACACACAGGUAGUUCAUUGGGGGUAAAUGGGUUAUCCAACUGGGUCUUAUAACUGGAGGAUACUUCUGAUCAUUCUUUCUGAGAACAUUUGGAAAAUUAAAGUUUACUGAAUCUUC